CUGCCAGUUCGCUGCUGAAUGCCGUUCGACGUGGACCGUCGCGAACGCCGUCGCCACACCGCCGCGAAGCAAAAGUCACCGCUCUGCUGGUGACUGUCGGUUUAGUUCUUUUGAGUUCGGUUUCGGUUUCGUUGCUCUCGGUAGCCACCCCUUUUGGGUUACGACAUCAUCGCCACCAGGAAAAUAAAAACCGCGUGCGUUGCUGUUGUACGUACCACCACCCCAUCUGCUGCAUGCUGCUGCUGCUAAACCGCUGACUUUCGAUUCGUUCGACUGGCGUCGUUGAUUGUUGCCACCGCAUUUCCCGUUCCGGCUAACAUCGGAAAGAUACGAUCACUCAUAAUAAUUACGGUGGUGGCAAAACGAUUGUGCAUUAAUUUUUCGGUGUAAACAAAAACAGCAAAACUGUGUUACUGGGCGAAAUGAGUUCAAGUGCGUACGCGGCUGCCACGCAUACCCUCUAGCAGCCGCGGAAAACCCGGGCGGGGGAAAACGAAAACAAGAUUCUCAUUCGUCAGUGGGCACUGCUGAUGGAAGGGUGUCUGGUGCCACGGUUCGUUCCACCAUUUGAACACUGGCUGUGGGUUCCACCGAUUAAGUCACGGCCAACCACCUGACAAGAGGAUGCUCGUCAAUGCAAGGAUUUAACCAUCGUUUUCGAGUGAUUACGUGUGCCCCCCAAGAAGGGGUCGACAGUUCAGAUCAUUUUAUCAAUUGGAUAGAAAACAUCAAGCCACCGCAAAAUGUCACCGACAAUUGUGAUCAAUUCAUUUGACAACAAGUGAUAGAAAUGAAGAGGAAGAAAAUCAUGCUCGUUGCCAAAGUGCAUUGCUAUUCUAGCAUAGUGCGCGUCUAGUUUGUAAGUGUCGUAUCCAAUGCAUCAAUUCGAAGAAUCUAAUGGGGCCUGGUGCUUCGAAAGUGAAACAGGUUCACUUUGUGGUCGCGUGACAAAUAGCAAUUAAAAGGUGUUUUAUAGUUUUUUUUAUUGUUUUCUUACAAUCAUGUUAGUGAAGCAUAUGAGUGCAUCAAAAAUUCCACCCUAGGGAACGGUACCCUUUGAAAGUGUUUUAGCAAAUGUCCAACCGUGCCUUAACAAGUGUGCAGUGCUGAAUAGCGGCUGCUUAUAACCAAAUUUCGGUUUUAUCAGUUAUUCCUAGUGUUGUAGUUAGUGUGAAAGUGCUUAAGAUAAAAGAAAAUCUAAUAAAAUUGGGGCCAAAUUACAUCUUCACCCUUAGAGAAUAAGUAAAAAAAAAUAUUCAUCGACAAACCAAAAAGUAACCCGGCAUCCGGCAGACACCAAAGGAUACACUACCUACCUACCGAUGAAGAAAUAGUCUGCCAUAAGUGGAAAACGAACAGCCGCGAUCCGUGAGAAACGUUGCCCUUCGGAACCAUGACCAAUAUGGGCAAAAAUAAUAAAACAGCGGACAAACAACAAAAUGAACGUAGAAUACGAGCCAACGAUAGAGAGUAUAACACACAGUUUAAAUAUGCAAACAACUACAUCAAAACGUCCAAAUAUAGCAUUUUAACAUUUCUGCCUUUGAAUCUGCUGGAGCAGUUCCAACGUCUUGCCAAUUUUUAUUUUUUAUGCCUGCUGAUCCUGCAGCUGAUACCGGCCAUCUCGUCGCUAACGCCGGUCACGACGGCCAUCCCACUGAUCGGCGUACUAAUGCUGACGGCCAUCAAGGAUGCCUACGAUGACUUUCAACGGCAUAUGUCCGACUCACAGGUUAACAAUCGCCGCUCGAAAACCCUGCGCCACGGGAAGCUGGUGGACGAGCGGUGGUCGGGCGUGCAGGUCGGCGAUAUCAUCCGCAUGGACAACGAUCAGUUUGUCGCGGCGGACAUCCUGCUGCUGUCGUCGAGCGAACCGAACGGUCUCUGCUUCAUCGAAACGGCCGAGCUGGACGGGGAGACGAAUCUCAAGUGCAAACAGUGCCUCGUGGAGACGGCCGUCAUGGGCAACCAGGAGGACCUGCUGUGGAAGUUCAACGGGGAGAUCGUGUGCGAACCACCGAACAACCUGCUGAACAAGUUCGACGGUAUCCUAAGCUGGAAGAACCAACGGUAUCCGCUGGACAACGACAAGAUCCUGCUGAGGGGUUGCAUCAUCCGCAACACGCAGUGGUGCUACGGCGUGGUGAUCUUCGCCGGCAAGGACACCAAGCUGAUGCAGAACUCGGGCAAAACCGUGUUCAAGCGGACGACCAUUGAUAGGCUAUUAAAUUUUAUAAUCAUAGGGAUAGUAUUUUUUCUGUUAUCCAUCUGCGGAUUCUGUACGAUAGCGUCCGCAAUUUGGGAAGCGAUAGUAGGUUAUAAAUUUCAAAUUUAUCUGCCAUGGGAAAACAUAAUUCCAAAGGAUUACCUGCAGGGUGCAACCAUCAUUGGAUGUCUAGUCUUUUUUUCCUAUGCAAUUGUACUGAAUACAGUGGUGCCAAUUUCUUUAUACGUUUCGGUGGAGGUGAUACGAUUCGCGCAGUCCUUUCUAAUCAACUGGGACGAGAAGAUGUACUACGAUAAGACGAAAACGCACGCCAAGGCGCGUACCACAACUCUGAACGAGGAGCUCGGCCAGAUACAGUACAUUUUCUCGGACAAAACAGGAACGCUCACGCAAAACAUUAUGACAUUCAACAAGUGCAGCAUAGCCGGUCGGGCCUACGGGGAUGUUAUCGAUCUGAGGACCGGCGAAACCGUCGAAGUGUCCGAGCCUUCAUUCGACAGCAGUAACACAUCCAUUUUACUAAACGCUGAAAAGUCAUCUGGUCGCGGCACACCUCAACCGAACUCAGCCCAAUACAACACCACCACCAGCACCCUGUCCUCCACCGGUAGUACGAUAACGCUCAAAGCCACAUCAAACUGUAACUAUCACCAACUACCAACCGAACAACAGCAACAACAACAACAACAACAAAACCAACUACCCAAACAGCAGAAACAAAAUUUCGUUAAUUUCACACUGGACAGUAACAGCCACAGGCCCGAUUCCACUACACCCCGAAAGUCCCACUCUUCACUUCAUGUCAGAUUCAGUCAGCACAAAGAUAGCGAAGAAAGCAAAAUAUCGCCCACCACUGCAGCAGCUCGGGCUCGGGCGAACCCAUCCGACGACGACGCUAGGCGUCACUUUAGUCCUGAUGCCAAUGCCGUCGCCGCUGCCGCCGUUGUCGUGCAGAAUCCCCAGGGGGACACUGCUGAUAAUGCUACAACGACCUCAACAACGACGACGAUCUCGACGACCACUGAGCCACCACCCAGUGGGUGUAACACCGAUGCGCAAGGAGUGCAUGUCACCGAACCGGUGGAUUUCUCCUUCAACCCGGAGUACGAGGCGGACUUCCGGUGGUACGAUCAGGGUCUGCUCGAUGCGGUACGGGCAGAGGAGGAGCACGCGCAUAGCUUUUUUCGGCUGCUGGCUCUUUGUCAUACAGUGAUGCCAGAGGAGAAAAACGGAAGGUUAGAGUAUCAAGCACAAAGUCCAGACGAAUCGGCACUCGUUUCGGCUGCAAGGAAUUUCGGGUUCGUAUUUCGAUCCAGAGCACCUAAUAGUAUAACAAUCGAAGUGAUGGGAAAAACAGAGGAGUAUGAGCUGUUAAGUAUUUUAGAUUUUAAUAACGUUAGGAAGCGAAUGUCGGUAAUAUUGCGGCGCAACAAUAGCAUAAUAUUGUAUUGCAAGGGAGCCGACAGUGUGAUAUACGAUAGGUUAGGAAAUAAUCAGCAGGACCUGAAAGCGAAAACGCAGGAGCAUUUAAACAAAUUUGCUGGCGAAGGGCUUCGCACGCUAGUGCUGGCGGAACGACGACUGACGAAGGAAUUUUUCGAUUCCUGGCUCCUGCGGCAAAGGGAGGCCGCGCUGUCGCUGGACGGCCGGGACGACAAGCUGAGUGCGAUCUACGACGAAAUCGAGUGCGAAAUGCAACUGAUCGGGGUGACGGCCAUAGAGGACAAGCUGCAGGACGGCGUACCGCAGACGAUCGCGAAUCUGCAAAUGGCCGGCAUCAAAAUCUGGGUGCUGACCGGGGACAAACAGGAAACUGCCAUCAACAUUGGCUACUCCUGUCAGCUGCUCACGGAUGAUAUGGUGGACGUGUUCAUAAUCGACGGACUAACAAAGGCGGAAGUUGAACAACAGCUGCGAAAGUACAUGGAAUCGCUCCGCAUUGUAAACACCUAUCAUCCAACUUCGCUGCCGAAACCUUCGUUCAAUCAGAGUAGCGGCUUGACGGCGAACGGGGGCAACAGCGGCAGCUCGGGUCCGAUGAUCGAAAUCCAGAACUCGUCGCCACCGUCGGUGUCGGUGGUAACUUUUAGGUGGGAUAAUAGACAUAAAUAUACAAGUAUAGGAGGAAGCGAGGAGGCAUCGGACAGCGUUAACUGUAGCAACUACUCGGACACGGUGGGGAAACCGGACUCGUCGAUCACCGAGCUGGACGAGGGUUCCGGCGUUGCGCUAGUCAUCAACGGCCACUCGCUGGAGCACUGUCUAACGAGCGAGCUGGAAUCGAAGUUCCUAGAGAUUGCCUCGCACUGUCGGGCCGUCAUCUGCUGUCGGGUUACGCCCCUGCAGAAGGCGAUGGUAGUCGAGCUGAUUAAGAGGGCGAAAAAUGCCGUCACGCUGGCCAUCGGCGAUGGGGCCAACGAUGUUUCGAUGAUUAAAGCGGCUCACAUAGGAGUGGGUAUUUCCGGUCAGGAAGGAAUGCAAGCCGUGCUGGCAAGCGAUUAUUCGAUAGCUCAGUUCAAGUUCCUGGAACGAUUGCUGCUGGUGCACGGACGGUGGUCCUACUAUCGGAUGUGCAAAUUUUUGCGCUAUUUUUUCUACAAAAACUUUGCUUUCACAUUGUGCCAUUUUUGGUAUGCAUUUUUCUGCGGCUUCAGUGCACAAACCGUGUUCGAUCCAAUGUUCAUAUCUGUCUACAACCUGUUCUACACGUCGUUACCGGUGCUAGCUUUAGGUAUUUUCGAACAGGACGUGUCGGAUAAAAACAGUGUCGAAUAUCCGAAACUCUACACACCGGGGAUCACCAAUGCCUUAUUCAACACGACGGAAUUCAUCCGCAGUGUGCUGCAUGGGAUCUUUAGCUCACUGAUACUGUUUCUUAUACCUUACGGUACCUACAAGGAUGGUAUCUCGCCCGAUGGUUACGUACUUAAUGACCACAUGCUCCUGGGAUCUGUUGUAGCUACAAUCUUGAUCCUGGAUAACACUGCCCAAAUCGCUUUAGACACAUCCUACUGGACCGUCUUCAAUCACAUAAUGAUCUGGGGUAGCUUGUUGUGGUACUUAUUCCUGGAUUAUUUCUACAACUACGUGAUAGGCGGUCCGUACGUGGGAUCACUGACACAAGCCAUGAAGGAGGCGACCUUUUGGUUCACCACCGUGCUAACAGUUAUCGUGUUAAUGGUACCGGUGCUAGCUUCCCGCUUCUACUUUGUCGAUGUAUUCCCUAGCUUGUCUGAUAAGAUUCGUGUCAAACAACGGCUGGCGCAGCUGCGAUCCCGACAAAGUAACGAUGUCCUACGGACACCGUCAGCCAGACGUGCAAGAAGAUCACUUCGAUCCGGUUACGCAUUUGCUCAUCAGGAGGGCUUCGGUCGGCUCAUCACCUCCGGUAAGAUUAUGCGCAAACUGCCGCAAGACUUUGCCUUCCCGCUUGGUUUGGGCAGUAAAAAGCAGCAACAGCUGCAGCAGCAGCAGCAACAACAACAACAACAACAGCAGCAGCAACAGCAGACGAUUGCAGCCGGGGCGGAUGGAGGCGUUGUUAGUAUUAAAAUAAGCAACGCAACCGGAGCUAACAAUGCCAAUAACAACAGUAGUAGUAACAAUAACAACACAAACAACGCGAACAGUACGGCAGUUAUCAGCGGCAACGGUACGGUCAACAACAACAAUAGCGGCAGUCAGAUUACGAAUCUGCCCGGAAGUUCCAACAGUGAUUACAGCCCUCGGGCGCCCUGCCAGGAUUUGGAUACAAUUAAUCUGUAGUCGUCCGUACGAGUUUUUGUUCUUCUAUUAGGAGGAAAACCCAGAACUCGGUCGUGCGUAUUUGUGGAACCGUAUGUGAUUUUUGACAAAAGUUACCUGCUUGAGUUAGGAUCUAUCUUAGUUAAUUAUACCUAGUACGUGUAGGCAAACCGGUGCAGUUCCUGAGUUGAAUCAAUUCUGGAAACAAUCACCAAAUAAUAGAGAAACACCGUUGAACGUUUUAUUGAAUCAGUUUAAUUUUUGGUGUACGAAAAAUUACUGCUAAUCUAUUUGGCCAAAACACUUUUUAAAACAACCGGUCCGGCUCAGGGUGAGGUGAUUUGAUCGGAAUAUUAUGCAUGCGGGUACUGCUUCUGGAUGUAGAUUUGUUGGGUAUUUGUUGGAUGGAAUUGAGUAUCAGUUCGAUUUAACCUGUAAAUCGCGGUAUAAUAAUAUUUCUGUCGUAAGUAAAAAUUUCAUUUAACAUUUUCAACAGAAUAUCAAACAUUUGAGGCAGAAUUGGUAAAUUCUACUGCGUGGUCCUGAGUCCGGAAGUCGUCUACACUCGCUCUUGGGCUACAAAUCUCGAAUCGCGCCGAAUACCUGCUGCUCGAACAUCCUCAUCGACAGCGCACAGUCAACGAGACUUCGCUGCCUCGAAGUCGACGGUUUCUUUCGGGCUCCCUUCGGAUCAUUGUUCCAUCUGACACUCUCGCUAGCUGGCCUUGCAGCAUGCUGUGCAUAACUCACAUGAAAACAUAAUCAAUCAUCUUUAUGCGUCUGAUACAACUCGAUAGUAGUAGCGUUCCGGUUCUCAGCACCCGAUCUCGAAAGAUGCGGAUGUCACACCACGACAAAUCCUUCAGAAAAGCCGAAAAAAUAACGUAUCCAUAUAUCAUAUUUUCGUCGAUUUCAAGGCAGCAUACGAUAAAGUCGAGCGGAAACAGAUGGCAAAUAAUGCACGAUAACGGAUUUCCGGAUAAACUGGCCUGGCAGACCAAAGCUACUCUACAUCUUGUGACGUGCUACGUACGUAUUACUGGAACACUCCUGAAUUUAUUCGGAUCGCACAGAGGGUUGUAGCAAAGGGAUAGACUGUCCUGUAUGUCAUUUAACAUCGUAUUUAAGAGUAUGAUUCCACGAGCUAGCUCCAACUUCAAUGUUAUUACUAGACACCUUGCAACGGCGGAGGUAAUCUACGCCAGAUUAAAAGCAAACAUUAGAAGAGUUUGGCGUUUCGAGUAAGAAGCAUACGCCGCCGAUCGCACCGGAUAAUGUACAAAACGCUAAUCAGAUCGGUUGUUUUCUACAGACUUGAGACUAUAACAAUGCUUACGGAAUACAGACGUGCACUUGCCAUAUUCGACCUAAAGAUGUUGCGGAGUAUACAUGGAUAGCGGAGAGCGGCGUAAGCAUACGAACCACGAGUUGCCGCAACUCUGGCGAAAAUCUGGAAGUUACGGUUGGCUAUCCACGUCGCAAGGAUGAAGGACGGCUGUACAGCGAAAUCUGCUCUCUUCAAGUUGGGUUCUAACGAACAUACUUGCUUGAGCAUUUUCGUUAGAACUUCAUCUUAUAUUCCCACGCCCUGGGACUGCAACCCAGCUGCUGAUGCCGCAUUACUCGCGAGUGCCGUCACUGUCGACGACGUAAGGUAAAGAAAAAAAGAAGCGAAAAAUCUGUGUACAUACAUCUUAAUGUGCCGCAAGCCAAUGCCAACAGCUCGUGAGCGGGCUGUGCAGGAGGACGCCACGAGACUGUGUUGUUGUCGGUCGCUUUCAUUAGUGGAGUAAGCGUUAGAUGCUAUACUUCUCACACUCGCGUAAGAGUUGGCAUCGUUGGUCUUUCGCUCGAUUUGCAAUAUUGGACACCAGAAACGACCCAACGUGCUAGGUGAAUCGACCGGUUUAGAGCAGACUUAUGAAUGUGGAGAAGCUCUGGAAAUUGGCGACGAGUAGCAGAGGAGCCAGUGGAUUUAAAAUGAGUUCUUGGUAUGACACGACCGCACGAGCCACCCCGGGUCUAAGCUGCUACAGGCGGUGAUCUCUCCCAUUAACUCUCAGCUCAUGGGCUAGCAUCACCGCCAAAACGCUCAAAAACACCUAGAGCUCGCCGUUCAUUCUCCUUUAAUAUUCAGUCAAUUGACGUCUUGUAAACAGGCUUCUUCCAUAAUCAUACAAAGAACCUCAUUUUCCAGGGUUUUACUGCUUAGCGUAAGAGAGGCAAUAAUUUGCUCGUGCUCUCUCCUCGAGAGAGCUUCUCCUCCUCUCCUCUCCUCCUUAUAACCUGCUGUAUUAUGAGAAUCAAGUCACAGGUCACAGGUUCCCCUUAAAACUUUCACGCAACAACUCCAUUGAUACUGACAAAACCUGAAUAACAACGAAUUAAAAUCUACCGUGUCACAUCACUGACCUCGCAAAAUGAGCCCCCUGUAGCGCAUUAACACCCGAUGGGUAACCAUUCUUUCUGCCAGUAUAAGGUGCUUCAUUUUAGCAUCUAUUUGGAGUUUAUUACGAGUCCAAUUCUCGCCGCUUCUUAACAGGCCUUCCACUGCUCUACUGAAGCUCGAUGUGGAGCUAUCAAGAGUGACACGUAUCAACCUAAUCAGUUUAGCUCAAUCAAAAUCCGCCAUUGGUCAUUUCGCUUUACCGAAUCGUACGCUGUCUUGAAGUCCGUAAAUAUAUGGUACGCUUGAAGGUUGAAUUCUCAAAAUUUGUUAUCGUUCAUCUUGAAAAACACAUUGGUAUUCGUCAGCAAAGACUUCCUGUAACGAUCUCGGUAGAGCAAGACAUGGGAGAAAAUUGGGCCCUUUCCGAAGAGUUUAAGCAUUUCAUACUAUAUAUCUCUUCGUUUACCACAAAUCCCGAAGAAAAUAACAGUGAUUCAAAAGUUUUCUUCUCGUUGAUCAUCAGCCACAGAAGGACCUUCUGCGGAAACUUGGUGAGGGACAUAUAUUUCCCGUCAUCGUUUUCCUCUUUGGAGGGGGACGUAAAGUAUCCGGUCCCCUGCCAGUCGUUGCCGUUUAGCGUCAAAUAGGUCUCGUCAUCCAUUAUGACCACGACGUCGCACUUCACCGGAAAGAUGUUUUUACCAGUACGGCAGCACCUUUAGCUGCUCCUUCUGGGUAGUUGCCGGUUGCUCAGGCACGACCGAUCUCGACUGUCGCUUCCACAUAAAAUCGUUCAUUUUGACCAGAAAAUUCUAAACUGUUCGUCCGAUGUUUCCAACAUCCCGGCCCAAAGCGGAGAACGAUGAGGCCAUCCGUACUCUCGGUCUUCCUAUUCAGCUUCUGCUGCACUUUGCGGUCACAAGAAAUCGUUCUCCAGAAGAAAGACCAUGUUGUAAAUUCCAGAACUGGUAUGUCCGGCGAACACGACGUGCUUCACGAUAUCCAACUUCUUCGCUCCAGAGUGGACCUGCCAGUACGAACAAAGCAUCGAGCGUAGUUGCUUGACUGUUUCCGCCAUAACUGCUACAAAUCAACUGAUAAUACUGUCAUGUAUUUUCUGUACACAACAGGCUCUGCCACCACUCCUAAUCAAAUGGAAUCUCAUUGGCUGUGUUCUGAUGACUGAAUUUUCGCUUUAUUAACAGAACGUUUGGGGACUUGACGAUUUUUUGACGGUAAUUUAAAGGAACUUCGAAGUUAAUGUGCUGACUGAAAUCAACUAAUAAAUCUCAUGAAAUUUAAAUUGAUUUAAAUCUCACUCGUAUUUUAAAUGCAACCUGCGAAAUGUUAGAUAAACUCAAUUUACUUAGCACAUCUAAAUAAGAACGCGAACCCUGACACCCUUCAUCCUGGGGCAGGCAUGCAAACUCCGAUCCAGCCAAAGACCUUUCACUGAGCCUACAACAAAAGCAUUUGAAAUCAUCCUUUCCAAACGUAACGUAAAAUACGGACCACAAAGUGGUCCAUAAACUCGUACCACUGUUGUCACGUCAUAUCGUUUCAUUACAGAAAGUAAAAAAAGUAACAAACUAUAUGUAGCUGUUAUAUCCUUGUAUCGAAAGUAUAUUGUUAAACCAACACACAAUUUUAACGAAAUGUGACUUAAACUCUAAAGCUAUAGGUUCUGGCAUCAAAAUUCCGUUGAUCCGGAUGUUGAACGCGCGUGUCUAUAGGCAAGACACUAAAGCAAAAAAAAAAACAAACAAACUAAGCUAAACUUACUGAUAACAAAACAAACAAAUAAUAUACUAUGAAACUUAGCGAUUAAGCAAAAACUUUGCCUUCAUCCUCUGCGAGUCUCUCUGAACCAAACUGCAUCAAGAUGCCGUCAGUCGGUCGAUCGGUCGAACGAUCGAUCGAUCGUUCGCACAGCAAAACGGAAACAAACUAUGUAACAUGAAAGAGUAACAAUAAUAGUUUAUAAUAAAUUAUAUUCUCUUACUGUAGUGCAUACCUAGCUAAACUAAGGUAAGGCAAGUAAAAAAACACCGGUACCGGUUAGGCCUCUAGCCCCCCUCUCAGUUUCAUCCAUAGAGCACUUCAUCGAUCGACGCACACCGAUUUAAAUACAGAUCAACCAAAACAAUGCCUAAUCUCCAUUAACCGUUUGAGGGGGGGCUAGAGGACGUGGCUCCGAAGCGGUUUCGGUCCUAUAUAUACAACCUUUUGUCAUUUGGUCGAAAGCUGAAGAUGUAUCUGGAGGUCAACAACCUUACACUACAUAAAUUAGUAAACUUACGUAUGUGAUCACACCGUAAUUCUGUUAGAACUCAGUGUAAAUAUUGGCUAAGCUAGGCAGGAACAGCUCUAUGUAUAUGGACAAGCGAAACAAUUGCAAUUGUAGGCUAGCAUGUUUUCAGCGAGGAAGGGGAGGGGUAAAUGUUCAUAUUCGUAUGGAACAGUUGAAGCUUUAACGCGAGAAUUUAGAGUGCGUCGAGUAGGAGAACCAAGUUGCCUUUUUGAUUUAAUCAACCGUGUUGAUGAUAAUUUUCCUAUUUCAGUUACCAAUUUUUUAGAAUAAUUAAGUACAGGUCUGGCUUGGAGCAAUUAUCGAAGAAGAAGAAUGCGUUUAUUGUUAUGUGGAAAAAAUUCUAGUGAUACAUGAUAAGUAUUGUUUAACGUGUUAAGUUUAACUAUUUUUUUAAUGUGAAACGAAAGGAACUGGGACAGUUCGAUCCAUUUGUUCAGGUUGGGACCAUGUACGUCCAAUAAAAAAAACAAUCAUAAACAAAUUUUAGGUAAACUGAACAGAAAACCGAAUCAUUUUGCAUUCCUGUCAGAAAUCAACGAGAAAAAAGAGGCGCAACAGUUGCAUGAGCCAGCGAGCCUUUGAUUUGAUUGAAUAAAAGUUCGAAGUUGAGC